AUGAAGCUCUUGGUUCUCUCGGCACUCGUGGUCGCAGUAUACGCAGCACCUCAAGGCUACAAUUUGGCCUCGCCAUCGGGAGGUGGAUUCUCUCAUGGUGGAGGUCACUCAUCUGGAAGUGGCUUUUCUAGUGAUGGUGGAGUUUCCGGUGGAGGAUUCUUAAAUGGCGGUGGAGUCUCUGGUGGAGGACUCUCAAAUGGCGGUGGAGUCGCUGGUGGAGGAUUCUUAAAUGGAGUUGGAGUCUCUGGUGGAGGAUUUUCAAGUAACAAUGGAAUCUCAAGUGGAACAUUCUCAAGUGGCGGUGGAGUCUCUGGUGGAGGUUUCUUCGGUGGAAGUGGUAGUGGAUUUGGUGGUGGAGCUGGAGGUCCCUCUGAUGGGUGUCGUGCUGGGGAGAUCCUGCAUGUAGAUGGAUCUUGCGUUGUUCCUGUAAUUACAAGAAACGUUUUCCUGUAUGAUGCUCCUGAACAACCUCAGCAGCCAAGUGGUCCACCACCAAGUGUCCCACCACCAAGAGUAGACCAUAACGUUCUGUUCGUGCGUCUUCCUGAAGCAGGCGCAGGACCUGAACCCAUCAUUGUUCCUCCACCAAGGCAAGAGAACAUCGUGUAUGUCCUGAACAAGAACGACGGAGCAGCAGGCCAGCGAGUAAUCGAGGUUACUGCUCCACCAGCUACCAACCCCGAGGUUUACUUUGUCAACUACGAAGAGGGAGAGAACCCAACUCUUCCUAUUGGUGUCGAUCUUGAAACUGCUCUUAACGCUGCCGCGAGUGCUGGUGGUCAAGUGAUCGGAGGCGCCGGAGGAUCAGGUGGCUUUGGAGGCGAUGGAGGAUUCGGCGGCAGUGGAGCAGAUGGCUUUGGAGACGAUGGAGGGUUUGGUGGUAGUGGAGCAGGUGGAUUUGACGGCAGUGGUGGAAGUGGAGAAUUUGGUGGUGCAGGUGGAGUAAGUGGAGGUUUCGGUGUAAGUGGAGGAAGUGGAAGCAGCGGUGGUUCUCCGUCCACCCAAUAUUCUAGCCCUUAA